GCCUUUUCGCUUGUAAAAAAAAAAAAAUCGAGACUUGUAUAAUAAAUUUUUUGCCCUUGGACUCCACUUCUUCCAUUCCUCCGGCACUUGCUACUUUUUUUUUUCCUUCUCUGAACCAAGUGUUAUCGUACAAAUGCAUCGGCUUCUGACCCGUCUCGCUUCGACCACGCAGAAAGUUCACGCUGCCGGAAUCCACACCACGGCUUCGCGAGCUGCCAUUACACGAUUCAACAUGCCUGCCAUGAGUCCUACCAUGACCGAGGGCACCAUUCAUUCGUGGAAAUUGAAAGAAGGUGAUAGCUUUGCCGCUGGCGAUCUUUUGCUCGAACUCGAAACGGAUAAAGCUCAAAUCGACGUGGAAGCGCCCGAAGAUGGUGUUCUUGCAAAGAUUCUCCUCAAAGAAGGAGAGAAAGCGCCUGUGAACAGCAUGAUUGCUUUGUUGGCUGAGGAAGGUGACGACAUUUCGAAUGUGGAAAUUCCCAAAGACGACGGAGCCGCACCUGCUGCUGCUGAACAAUCUCAAGAAUCAGCUGCUCCGGCCGAACCCGAAGUGCAACCAUCCAAGGCGGCCGCCGCUCCUACUACACCCAUGGAUCAUCACGACCUCGAUACCUCCAAGCUUAAGAAACCCUUAUCACCGGCCGUGUUGAGUCUUGUGUUGAAACAUCACAUCAAGGAUUUGGACAAGAUUAAAGCUUCCGGUCCUGGAGGUCGUAUUCUCAAGGGUGAUGUCUUGGCUCAUCUUGGUAUGAUCGCUCCCAAGCCCAUGCCCAAAUUCAACAACUCUGCCGCUCCUCCCAGAGAUCAAAUCGUGUUUGCCAAGCCUGCAGAGGCCAAGAUUGUCAAGGACGAAGCGCCUUUGCCAACCUUUAUCAGCAAGCGUGUGGCUUUGGAUAGCCUGCUCCAGUUGCGUGGUGCAUUGAACGCAGCCCAACACGGUACCAGUGUGAGCGUGAAUGACUUUAUUGCCAAAGCAGCGGCUCGUGCUUUGCAAGAUGUGACCAAACCCGCUUCGUCCUCGAUGGUGUCUGGCAGCACCGGCAUUGUGCACCACACCCAAGUCUCCUCUUUUGCCUCUUCUUACAAAGGUGGUCAGUUCAAGGUGUUCCAUUUGGCUGAACCUUCUUACGAUUUCAUCACGGAUUCGUAUUCGGCUUCCAAGCCUUACACGUUGAAUGUGACUGCUACGAAACGUGUAGAUGGUGGAGCCAAGAAGUCUCAGGGCGAUGACAUGUUGGAUUUGAUUAGCUAUUUGGGCAAUGAGAAGCCCAAGGCCGCUCCUCGUGCGGUGGGUUUAACGAGCGAGGAUGUGCGCUUAGACUUUGCCAAGCAGCCUCAAAACCAAGUGAUCCAUCAAGUCGAGAUGAAACUGGAAGGAGGCGCUCCCGGGAAGAUUUUGAACGAUGCCAAGGCCGCCGUGUUCUUUGACCGUUUAGAACAUUAUGUCAAGAACCCCAGCGAACUUGUAGUAUAAACGUAAGAAGAAAGAAAAAAAAUAACCUCCCUGACGCCUCUUUUUCUCUCUUAAUAUCUUUUUCACUUUCUCUUUUUUUCAUCUCUGCACCAUAACAAAAAAUAGUUGUACUGUGAUUUCUUUUUCUUUAUAGAACAAAUACAAAGGAGACAUGAUCUUCAUGGCUCAUGUCCUGCAUCUUUCUCGUUAUUUUUUUGACUGAUGGGAUGUUUUUUGUUUCAGAGAAUGUGGGUUUUUGCAUGCGAUU